AUGUCGGGACACAUUUGCAGAAAUGACCAGACGAAGCGGAUGGCAAUGCCACCACCAUUUGCCGGUGAGCAGGACAUCCCUAUGUUCCCCAAUCUGACCAUCGGGCCCGAAUUCGAGGCCGUGGUUCAUUACAAGGAAUACAAUAACCCGCAGGUAAGCCUUGCUAGCUUCAAGAGGCAGAACCCGGGAGUCAUCAUAGUUCCUCCAUGGCGGAGCGAAAACGAUUACCCCUUACCUCGCGACUUGCCUGAAGAGGUAAAAAGAGUCCCACGGCGGUGGAACGAAUGGUGGGGCGGUGUUGAAUAUCAGCAUUGGCACGACGAGUACUUGGAAGGAUAUUGUUUGAACUAUAUCAGAAGGCUCCUCCGGUCUCAGGGGAUUGAUGUACUGAUACCGGGGUCGACACCAUUGUCGAUAGAUCCCACCCAGCGAAAUGCGGCCAAUACAGACAAUCCCGAGUACUACAGGUGGACAGUCAAACUGGACACGACCGUGGACUUGGCCGAGGACGAAUGGGUUCUUGGACGAAGGCUGCGAGUGCUCAACCUAGAAGUGGUUGGACCCUCCAUGGUCGCUAACCAAGCUUCCCUCGACGAGAUACUAAGAGUGCUAGGUAUCCUCAAAAGACUAGCCUGCCUUGUGCCGCAGUCGACAGGAUUUCAUAUCCACGUUGGCGUAGGUAGAGCCCGCUUCGAUGUCGUUCAACUUCGGCAGAACGCCGCGGUAUGGCUGGCUUUGGACCCCUUAUUCACACUAUUCCACACGGAUAUCCGCCAGGACAACUCGCAGUGCGAGCGGAACAGGCUGCAGGCAAACGUUGCACGAGGCGAGACCGCAGCGACCGCCAACCGGAACCCAAACAACGAUGAACUCGUCACAGGUAAGUGGGGCGAGAGACCAAGUGAGCAACCCGCCCCUAUCCGGGCCUGCGUCAAUGAGUUACUGGCCUGUACUGACGUCCGCGCCGUCGCCUGGUUGAUGCGAUGUCCCAACCGAGGCGCAGUUAACUUCCGCUUCUACGGCCCAGCUACGAACCGGAAUCAGAUGAACAUGACAGGCUCUCCCAUCAGCAAGCCCACCAUCGAGAUGCGGCAAGCAGCCGGCACCCUCAACGAGGACUGGGUAAGUGCGUACAUCAAGGUGGUCGUGGGGACCGUUGAUUGGGCCCGCCGGCAAAAUCCUGACGCAAUACGCGCCCUAGCAACGUCCAUGGAAGAGCUCGAGGGGGCAGGAAGAAACAAGGUAGCAGAUCCUAUUACCUUUCACAAUCUGUAUCGCAAGUAUGCGCGUAGGUUCGUCGAGGAAUACCUGGGCUUGAAGGCCGAGAUGGAUUAUAUCCUCGGUCGAACCCCGGAGCAGCGUGCUAGGCCUACGGGCAUCCUCAAUUAUGCCCCUCCGGGUGGCGUGCCGCUUUUGAUGUCGUCGCGGAUGAUUCAAUCCGAAAGAGCCGCUCAGGAGGCCGAGAUCGCUGCUGGUGGACGGCUUUCUAGGAGCGGUUGGCGUGGACAGCGACAUUCCCUGGGACAGGGUGGCUAUUAUCCCCACGAUCAAUAA